AUGUCGACGACUCAGAUCACCGCCUCUCCACGAGCGCCCCGCGGAAAGCCGCAGAGCCCAGCUCAGCUGCCCCAAAACAACACCCCCGGAAGACAGUCACAAAGAAAACCAAGGAAUAACCGCGCGCAAAAUGGCUACAACCAGCGCAACGGCCUACCUGUAUCCCCGAGCAAGAAUUCCGCACAAGGCGCCCUCGCCGAAAGUGUCACCUUCCCCUGUGAAGAUGGUCACAUGUCUGCCGGUUCACGCGGCAUGAAGAAGCACGCUCAGCCGAAGCCGUCUGAUCGCGUCUCUCCGCCCGCCGAAUCGGACCCCGUUCCCAUUAACCCGUCUGCAACUCCUGUCAAAAUCCAGGCCGCUUAUGCUGGGCCCACCUUUCACGCGUCUCCGGCGCCUUCUGCUUUGCCCAUUCCCAAGUUUCUUUCUCGUUCUGUGCCCGCAAAGACCCGUGCUGGUCCACCAACCCCUCCGCCUGAAGACAGUUCUGACUCGGGCUCGCUGAGCCCUUCGGCUUCUCCCUCUCGUGCCCCGAUGGCUGCGCCUCCGCGCCAUGAGCAGUCUCCCUUGGAUCUUCUCUUCAGGGCCGAUGCAGCAGAAAGGGCCAACAACCAAAACAGAGGCCUUUCUUCAAACAGCCCAUUCGUAGCAGCAAACCCUGGGCGAUCUCACCACUUCAAACAUGACUCUUACCAUUCACUCAAUGGCAUCUUCCCUAUAGAGCUUGAUGGAGAGAGCAAGCAUGCGCACAUGUCACCUGCGUCUCAGGCACCAUCCGCCUCACAGCGCUCCGUGACAGAUCCCGAUGGCGUCCCUCAGCUCAAAGACGUUCACCAGCAAGGCAAUGGAAAUGAUGUCAUGCAAGACCUGUUUAGUCGUCUUUCCAUGUCACAGAAGAAACACACUGCUGCAACACCACCUCAGGUGGGUGCUCACGGCCCAUCAGGACCUCAAGCACAUCUAUCGCCCUCGCCUUUCCAUGAUGGUCGGACCCCUGGGCGAACGACAUCUGGUCCCACUACCCCCCAAGCGCAGCCCACGAACCAGGACCCAUCCGACUUUUACUACGGCAACAAGAACCUUUCCCCAUUGUUCAAGGCAGCCCAGGGCGACUCGGCCAAACGCAACUCUGGCCUUCGCACUGAGAUAAGUGCUGAUUCCCCAAUGCUUCAGCAAGAUGGAUUCAAGGGUUUUGCAUCUGUUCCUCAGCCUCACCCAAUGGGUCCAAACGGCUUCCCCCAGGGCAAUGGGGCAACACCGAAUGCACCUCGUCAGGCAGGCCCUUCCAUGCCACCUUACCAACAAAGUCCAAACCAAAGGCGCACGCCUGGUAGACAGCCACACCAGCGUCGUCCUGACAAUUACCAAACAAGGGGCCAGAGGACUGGAUCUGGAUCUGGACCUGGGCCCAAGUUUGACAAAGCAGCCGCCAACGGCUCUCCUGCGUCUGCACCGAAACCUUCUACUACCAUGAUGUCUUUUGUCCCUUCUUCGGUCGCUGCUAAGCAGCGCAAGACCUCUGCACCCACGGCUCCCGCAGCUGCCCCAGCGAUGAAGACAUCUACCCCUUCUGAAACAUUAGCUUUGGAGCAGGAUCUCAAGCGUUUGCUUAAUCUCAACACGGCUGGCGAUGCCUCGACCGUGAGGUAG